CGUAAUUCGUGGAUCUACCUACGUGUUGACGUCACGUACGACAGUUGCCGGAGUUCUGUGGUGUGAGCUAGUGUGUCGGCGCUGCGAGCGGGAGGUGGAGCCGCCUAUGGAGCAGUAAGCGGCGGAGAAGAUGUUGGUUGAUUCUGCUGUGCCACAAAGGGGCAAACCUACUGUGAGAAAUAGGAAGCUUGGAGUAUAGCAUCAAUUAUGGAUGAACAAGCCCUGCUUGGACUAAACCCAAAUGCUAAUGCAGACUACAGAGAGAGAGCUGCUGCCUAUUUUGAGCAAUUAAAAAUAUCACAAGACGCAUGGCAGGCUUGCGCAAAAGCCUUGGCCCAGCAUGUAUAUAGUGAUGAUCAUGUCAAGUUCUUCUGCUUUCAAGUCCUGGAACACCAAAUAAAAUUCAAGUAUUCAGAACUGACUGUGUUGCAACAGCAACUUAUAAGGGAAACUCUUAUUGCAUGGCUCCAAGCUCAGAUGCUAAAUGCGCAACCAGAGAAAACCUUUAUCCGAAACAAAGCGGCACAAGUAUUUGCCUUGGUGUUUGUGACCGAGUACCUCACAACAUGGCCCAAAUUCUUCUAUGAUAUUUUAUCAAUUGUAGGCCUUAAUCCCAGAGGUGUAGACCUUUACCUCAGAAUCUUAAUGGCCAUUGAUGAAGAAGUAGUGGAUCGAGAUAUAAUUCAUACAUCAGAGUACAAAAGUUGCUGUGUUGGGAGAGAGAGAGCUUCAGAGGAAGCACGAAGGAACACAUUAUUGAAAGAUGCAAUGAGGGAGCAGUGUAUUCCAAACCUAGUAGAGUCUUGGCACCAAAUUCUGCAAACAUAUCAGCGCAGUCAUUCUGAAUUGACAUGCCAGUGCCUUGAAGUAAUAGGGGCUUAUGUCUCUUGGAUAGAUUUAACAUUGAUUGCUAACGACAGGUUCAUUAAUAUGCUGCUAAGUCACAUGUCAGUAGAAGUUCUUCGAGAAGAAGCAUGUGACUGUUUGUAUGAAAUUGUAAAUAAGGGAAUGGAUCCAAUUGAUAAAACAAAAUUAGUGGAAUCUUUGUGUCAAGUGUUACAGUCUGCAGGAUUCUUCAACAUUAAUCAGGAGGAAGAUGUGGACUUCCUGGCCAGGUUCUCAAAGCUUGUCAAUGGAAUGGGCCAAUCGUUAAUAGUUAGCUGGACUAAACUAGUUAAGUCUGGUGAUAUGAAGAAUGCUCAAGACACCCUGCAGUCCAUUGAAUCCAAAGUGCCUCUGAUGUUACGGUUACUUGUUCAUGAAGAUGACGACAUCUCUUCCAAUAUUAUUGGGUUUUGCUAUGAAUAUUUACACAUCUUGAAACAAAUUGUCUUGCUUUCAGACCAACAAAAAGCUAAUGUGGAGGCUAUAAUGCUGGCAGUCAUAAAGAAGCUCACCUAUGAUGAUGAAUAUAACUUUGAAAAUGAGGGUGAAGAUGAAGCAAUGUUUGUAGAAUACAGAAAACAGUUAAAAUUAUUGCUUGAUCGUCUUGCACAAGUCUCACCAGAGUUGCUUUUGACUUCUGUCCGUAGAGUAUUUACAAAUACACUACAGAAUUGGCAGACAUCUCCAUUUAUGGAAGUAGAAGUUGCUAUUAGAUUGCUAUAUAUGUUGGGUGAAGCAAUCCCAUCAUCCCAUGGGGCUCAUUUCUGUGGGGACAUUGCAAAAGCUAGUGCUCUACAGGACAUGAUGAGAACUCUUGUGACCUCUGGUGUGAGCUCAUACAAUCAUACAUCAGUGGGGCUAGAAUAUUUUGAAACCGUGGUUAGAUAUGAAAAAUUCUUCACAGUCGAACCAGUGCACAUUCCCAAUGUUCUGAUGGCUUUCCUGGAUCACAGAGGUCUGCGUCAUUCUAGUCCUAAAGUCCGUAGCAGAACGACCUAUCUCUUUUCACGAUUUGUCAAGUCGCUUCACAAACACAUGAAUACCUAUGUUGAAGACAUUCUGACCAGAAUACAAGAUUUGCUUGAGUUGUCUCCACCAGAAAAUGGCUUUCAGACAUUAUUGAGCAGUGAUGACCAGCUGUUUGUAUAUGAGACCGCAGGCGUACUUAUUGUUAACAGUGAUUAUCCAGCAGACAGGAAACAGAUUCUAAUGAGGAAUUUACUGAGUCCCUUAAUGGAAAAGUUCAAGAUCCUCUUGGAAAAACUGAUGGUGGAGCAAGAUGAAGAACGGCAGACAGUAUUAGCAGAUUGUCUUAAUCAUGCUGUAGGAUUUGCUAGCCGCACCAGUAAAGCAUUUAGUAAUAAACAGACGGUAAAGCAGUGUGGUUGCUCUGCUGUUUACUUGGACUGCUUGCAAACAUUUUUACCAGCCCUGAGCUGCCCUGUACAAAAAGAAGUGCUCAGAGGUGGAGUUCGGACUUUUCUGCACCGCAUGAUUAUAUGUUUAGAGGAAGAAGUGCUCCCAUAUAUCCCUAGUGCUUCAGAGCAUAUGUUGAAAGAUUGUGAAGCAAAGGAUCUGCAAGAAUUCAUUCCUUUAAUCAACCAAAUUACUGCCAAGUUUAAGGCACAAGUGUCACCAUUUUUGCAGCAAGUCUUCAUGCCACUUCUCCAUGCCAUAUUUGAAAUAUUAAUCCGUCCAGCAGAAGAGAAUGAUCAGUCUGCUGCUCUAGACAAGCAAAUGCUAAGGAGAAGUUAUUUUGCCUUCCUACAAACUGUAACUGGCAGCGGGAUGAGUGAGGUCAUAGCAAACCAGGGCUUUAUCUGAAAGUGCAGUAACAAUGAAAACCAUUUAUCUCAGAAGAGGGCCGGAAUGCAUUCAGUAUUUACAGCAAGAAUAUCUGCCCUCUCAGCAAGUAGCACCAGAAAUUAUUCAGGAAUUUUGUCAAGCUCUACAGCAACCUGAUGCUAAAGUUUUUAAAAACUACCUAAAGGUUUUCUUUCAAAGAGCAAAACCCUGAGGAAUAUACUGGAAAUGAAUUGCACCUGAAGUCUACAUUCUGGAAUUUCAGUUAUUAAUUUAUACAGAUCGUAAAUGUAUAUGCCAUUAAAUUUUGUUUUCCUACUGAGGUUACUCCCUGCCAUGCAACAGAGAAUAUUUCCUCUGUAAUAAGCUAAAGACAAUUACCUGUUGCGUAUGCUCCAUAUAGAAGGAAAUCAUUCUCUUUGCCAUACAAUUAAAGCUUUUACCCCUGCUUGAAGUACAGGAAUGAAUUAAGCAGUCACUAUUUAGAUUUUCGUUUUUUGGAAUUAAAUUGUAAGAUUUUUUUUUACCAGCCAAGCAAAGCUGUAUGUACAUUUUUUAUUUUAUUUUUAUUUUCAUUUUUUUUUUUUCAGUUCAAUAAGUUCUUAUUUGAAUCUCCUGCAAAAGUCCUAUGGUAUAAUAAAAUUAUUUUUGUAGAUACUCAUGAAAUUUCCUUACAGUUGUACUGAAUUGGAAAUACUUUAAUCUCUGGCAUUUUUUUCUGUAGGCCAGUGUUUCAUGCUAAAAGAUAACCAUUGUACCUCUAAUGCACUUAUUUUGUUAUUGGAACAACCAGUGGUUAUGUCUAACUACAAUACAUGUAUCCUGAAUCUCAAAUGUCUGGUUAUUUGUACAUGAAAUUGAUAUUUAAAAAAGUAAACCGUUAAAGGGACAGUGUACUGUGAUCUUUUCUCCCCUUUAAUGUGUUCCCCAUAAACCAUUUUACCUGCUGAACUUUAUUUAAUAGUUUACAAAUCACUCCUUAGCUUUCGUUUUGUUUUUUUCCCCAUUUGAUAUAUCUAAUUUCUUUCCUAUGACAGAGAGAGUCCACGACAUCAUUCUAAUUACUAGUGGUAUAUUCAACUCCUGGCCAGCAGGAGAUGUCAAAGAGGACCCCAGCAAAGCUGUUAAGUGUAACUUACCUUACCCAUAACCCCCAGUCAUUCUCUUUGCCUGUCAAUGGAGGAUGUGCAAAGUUGGUGUCUGAAGAUAUUAAAUCCUUUUAUGGGUACUUUUCCCUGCAAGCAGGGAUUGGGGUCUAGCUGUGUCCACGUCAAUCUCUUAAAUAAGAGUGGUGGCUUUUAAGCAGUUAGAAAGCGGCAAGGUUGUCUUUGCUUUUUUUCUAACAUUAUUGCUACCCCUUGUCUGAAAGCCAGAGUUGGUUACUCUGUUCUUUAUCUCUCUACAGGUCCCUUGCAGAGAACGGCUGAUUCUGUUAAACCUUAGAGUCGGUGAGAAGAUUGCAGACUUCAAACAGUGAGUCCCUGUAUAUCUGUCCCCAUGACUAGUGAUCUAGGCAAAAUAGGGGUGAGGGAUUUUUUAUUUAUAUGCUGGCGACCCUCCAGUGAGGGUGGGCAAUCGGGGAGGUGGAUUUGGCCUCAGACUAUAUGACUUCUAGUGAAGUUGUUUAUCCAUACUUGGAGUCACUCUCCCUGGGACGGCGGUUUUUAUCUCUCCAUUUUAAAACAUUUUUAGAGACAACCGCAUGUUUCGUUUAAGUAGGCUAACCGUUUCUAUGCAGCCCUUUUUGAUGUACCUUUACUCUGCUUACAUAUAGCGGCACUAUCUACUUAUGAGGUGAUACUUCUGGUGCAGGGUUCAUUUUUAUUAUCCCCUUUUUUCUAUAAGGGCUUUAUUUGGCAUGAACUGAUCCACCUCAGAGGGAUUCCACUGCAUCUGGGUAUCGUCCUGCUUAGUGCAGUAGCGACAGUUUGGUAUUCUAUUAAAUACAUAUGUACUUUUUCUCUGCUUACAUAUAGCAGCAGUAGUGUUUAAGGAGACAUUUCUUGCUUAUGCAUGCUUAUAUUUAUGACUGCUUCUUUUUCCUUCCCGUCAGAACUUGCGAGUCAGCGGAAUGACAGUGCUGCAGCAUAGUCGCAGCCUGUUCGCUAUCGAUGCUAUCUAAAUUUAAUUUGGGAGUUUAUUAGCGUUUUAACAUAUGUGAGAUGUUUAUAUAUCACUCAUCUUUGGGAGGAGUUAUUGCGCUUUAUGCUCAGUACGAUCAACAUGUAGGCGCCAUCUUUUUUUCCUCCCGACAGUUGGCUGUGUGUGCCUGUUUUUAGCACCAUAUGUUUUCUCUAUGUGAGGGUCAGAAGUGCUUUCCCACAUUCUUAUACUAAGUCUCUUAGUAUGGAAACUUUAUUUAAGGCAAUUUAUCUUUUCCCCUGUGGGUGAUUUUUAAUGCUUUAUUAAAGUAGGAUCGCUUUAUAUGGUGGUCUUUUAUCAUUGCUCUUUCUCAAGAGCAAUGAUAAAAGAAGGUAAACUUUUUACCUGCUUUUAUCAUUGCUCUUGAGAUGUUUUUAUCGUAGAAACACAUUGGGCUGAGCUAACUAAUAAAUGCUUUGUUCUUUUUUUUAAUCACUACUACAUGUGUUUGCUGUUUUUUGCUGUGACAUCGCCGAUAUUUGGAUUUCACGGAGUAAGUUACUGCUUGUUUUUAUUUCAAGAGUUUUUACACUUUAAUCAUUGGCGUAUUCUCUUCCCCAGCUUGGCUGCACAUCAUCUAUCGAGGGGUUUUUCUCCAGACCGGCCGACAUUUCAUAUCUUAUGGAGAGCAUAUACUGCACUCAUAUCAUUUGACAUAUAUACAUACAUCAAGCCAAUUUCCUUUGUCUUCAGAGAUUUUUAUAUAUCUAGAGCGAAACAUAUAGGACCUGCGCCAUCUAUACCCCAAAAGCACUAUAUUUACAGUCCUUUGAGAGAGACUGUAAAAAGGCAGCAGUCCAUUUUAGAGGAGAGUAUUGGUUCUUUGUCAAUUUUAGAGGAAACAGAUUUUUUUUGUUAUAAGAACUCAAAUUAUUUGUAUUACUUUUGCUGUUCUACAUUUUAAUUUAUAUUUAUUUUAUGUGUGUUAAUAUGCAUAGGAGUCUCUUUAUAUAGGAGACUAUCACGCUGUUGGUAGCAUGAAUUGUGGCCACAAGACGUUUUUGGCUACCUAGUGCCCUAAAAUUUAUUUUAAAUUGUGUUUUUCCUGUCUGAUACAGAGAGUCAAUGUAUUAAUCUCUCUAUGAAGGAGUCUUUUUCAUAUGUUCGUAUCAUAUGUAUUAUUCCUUUAUUGUUAUGUAUGGGGAGUUUUUCCAACAUGUAUUUUUCUAUAUUUUUUAGUAUAGCUAUUUAAUGAUACUUUCUCUCAUAUUGAAGAGACUAGUUUAUAUACAUGACAUGUAUAGUUUUCAUGUAUAUUUCUUCUAUAAGUCUCAGAGUGAAUCGUUAACAGAGGUCUCAUGAUUGUCCCUAGACAUUGCUGUGUCCUUUCCAGUCCUCAAGGAUCUUUUAGUGGCCUUAGCUUUGAAGUUUGUCUGUUAUCAGGGCACGGCUGUGACAGAACCCCCUCCCCUAGGACGACCUCUGGGCGGCCUUGGCUUCUUAAGAAAAGCAGCCAAUGUAGCCUAGUUGUUAGCUUUGUGGCUUUUCAACUCAAAGGUUCCCCUUAGCUCUAGGACAAGGAAUCCAAGAAGCCUUCCGCUGAGUCUAAUUCAGUACGAGGAUUUCACCCCUUAUUCAGUUUUUCGAAACACCUCUGGUGGCUCAGGGAAAGAGAAACAGACUGAGACUCUGGGGGUUAUUAUUGUAGUUCCCGAGAUAGAACAGAGUCAAGGUUGUUACUCAGACCUUUUUUUUUGUGGGCUGUGGACUUAGUAUCCCAGGGUUACAAAUAGGAAUCAAAUCUUACCCUCCAAAGUGGCAAAUUUUUCCUGUCAGACUUCCUCAAUCAGGUAAGAGGAUGGCUUUCUUAUACUGCGUAUUAGACCCUUCCUCCCUGGGACUUAUUGUUCCAGUUCCUCCAGAGGAACAGGGUUAAGGAUUCUAUUCAAAUCUCUUUAAGGUUCCCCAAAAGGAGGGAGUUUUCCGUCCCAUCCUAGACUCAAAAUGACUAUUCAGGUUCCUCAGGGUUCCGUCCUUCAAGAUGGAAACUAUUCAUUCCAUUCUUCCAUUGGUUCAGGAGGUUCAGUUCAUGACGACCUAAGACCUGAAGGACGCGUACCUUGUUGUACUCAUUCACUGGGAUCAUCAGUUUCUGAGGGUUUUUCUUUCUGGACAAGCAUUUCCAGUUUGUUACACUUUAGUUUGGUCUAGCCACGGCUCACAGAAUAUUCAAAGGUUCUGGGGGCUCUAUUGGCUGUGAUCAGAUCCAGGGAAAUUGAAGGGAAGCCUUUUUUUAGACUACAUCUUGGUUCAGGCGUCCUCUUUCAUCUAGCAUAAUCUCAUACAGAGAUGUUAUCUCUUCUUCGUUCCCACGAGUGGAAAGUGAUUCUGGAAGAGUUCUCUAGUUCCAGUUUCUCGAGUGUGUUUCCAGGAGACAAUCAAAGAUUCCCUGUCCAUGAAGAUUGUCCUAACGGACGUCGGGAAAUCCAAACUUCUUUUUGCAUUUCUCUCCAGUUUGCUAUUUGUCCAUCAGUGACUUAAUUCAUGGAGGUGAUUGGUCUGAUGGUUGUUUUCAUGGACGACAUCCUUUUGCUUGGUUCCAUCUGCCACCUAUGUGACUUUGCAUGCUCAGUCAAUAGAACAGAGACCAUUCCGAUUUCUCGCAGAGGAUAAAUAUGGAUCGAGACUAUAUCUAUUGGUGGAUUUCUCAGGAACAUCGGUCUCGGGCACUUGCUUACUGAGAUCUUUCUGGGUAUUGUCUACGGAUGCAAGCCUGUUAGGCUAGGGAGAUGUUUGGGAGCCUGCAAGAACUAAACAAGACAUGAUUAUCUGGUUUGCAAAAACAAAGCUUUUUCAGGACUAAUUUAUAGUUCUCUGAAAGCUCAGGGCCGUGCUCUCGGGAAGAGUCUUUCUUCCCAUAUACAUCUUGGAUGAGAGUAAUCUUCAAUUCCUUGACAGCUUGGCGUCAAUUAUCUUUAGUCCGGUCUAUCAGAUUCCAGUCGGACAACAUCACCUCAGUGACUUUCAUCAUCCUCCAGGGAGGAACUCUAAAUUCCUUGGCCAUGAUGGAGGUGACUCGCAUUCUGCAGUGGGCGGCAGCUCACAAUUGUCUAUCUGCUAUCCACAUUCCUGGAGUGGACUAUUAGGAGGCAGAUUUCUGAGCAGACAUACCUUUUUAUCCAGGGGAGUGGUUUUUCCAUCCGGUAGUGUUCUCUCAGAUAACCCUCAGGUGAGGGGUUCCAGAGUUGGAUUUGAUGGCGUCCAGCCAAAACGCCAAGGUUCCUAGGUUUGGUUCAAGGUCAUUGCUUAUAUCAAUCAGGAGAGAGCAUUGGUAAUCCUAAUAGCUUCUGCAUGACAUCACUGUACUUAGUUUAUGGAUCUAGUAAGGAUCAUAUCUCUACCUUCUUGAAAGUUACCUUUGACCUAAUUCAGGGUCCUUUCUUCCAUCCAGACCUGGAUUCUCUAAAGCUGACUGCUUGGAGAUUGAUUGCCUAGUUCUGUCUAGACGUGGUUUUUCUGAAGCGGUCUUUGAUACUUGUUUCAGGCCCGCAAACCUAUUAUUCGCAAUUUUACAAUAUGUCGUAAAUAUCUUUAUUGGUGCAAAUCUAAAGGUUUCUCCUGGAGCCAGGUGAGGAUUUCCAUUUUUUUUUCUUUACUUCAGGAUGGCCUGGAAAAAGGUUCAUCAGUCAGUAAUCUGAAGGGUCAGAUUUCUGCUCUGUCUAUCCUUUUGCACAAACGUCUGGCAGACUUACCAGAUGUUCAAGCUUUUAUACAGGCCUUGGUCAGAAUCAGGCCUGUGUUUAAUCCGGUUGCUCCUCCUUGGAGCCUUAAUCUAGUUCUUAACAUCAUGUUGAUAUACAAUUGUUGUCUUGGAAGGUUUUGUUUCUCCUUGCUUUUUAUUCACUUGCAGAGUUUUUGAGCGUUCAGCUCUGCAGUGUGAUUCCCCCGUACCUUAUCUUUCAUGCAGAUGAGGUGGUCCUUCGUACUAAAUUGUGUUUCUCCCUAAGGUGGUGUCAGAUUGAAUCAUUAAUUGGGAAAUUGUUUGUCCUCUCUUGUCCUAAUCCUUCUCAUAAGGAACGUCUUUUGCAUUACUUGGUUAUUGUGCGCGCUCUACAAUUUUACUUACUGGUUUCUAUGGAGUUUCGGCAAUCUUCUGCCCUAUUUGUUGUUUUCUCCGGAAAACAUAAGGGUCAGAAGGCCACUUCUACUACUCUGUCUCCCUGGUUGAGAAGUUUGAUUCGUUUUGUGUAUGAGACUGCUGGACAGCAGCCUCCUGAGAGAAUUCCUCUAGGGCUGUCUCCUCUCCUUGGGCUUUCAAAAAUAAAGCUUCUGUGGAACAGUUUUGCAAGGUGGCAACAUGGUUCGUUCUGCAUACUUUUUCCAAAUUCUACUAAAUUGAUACUUUUGCAUCGGCUGAGGCUUCUUUUGGGGAGAACAGUUCUUAGAACGGUGGUACCUUCUGAUUAGGUCCUCCUGUCUCUUUCUCCCUCCUUGUUUGUUUUUCUGUGUACUCUAGCUUGGGUAUUGGUUCCCACUAGUAAUUGGAAUGACGUUGUGGACUCUCCAGGUCAUAGGAAAGAAAACAAAAUGUAUGCUUACCUGGUAAAUUACUUUCCGGACAUGGAGAGUCCACGACCCUGCCCUCUUUUUAAUUCUAAUUUGGCAGGUUUUUUUUGAGUAAACCUCAGGCACCUUUUCACCAUUGUGUUUUUUCUUUUUCCAUUUUCUUUUGACUGAAUGACUGUGGGUUAUGAGUACGGGAAGUUGCACUUAACAGCUUUGCUGGGGUGCUCUUUGCCACCUCCUGCUGGCCAGGAGUUGAAUAUCCCACUAGUAAUUGGAAUGACGUUGUGGACUCUUUGUCCGGAAAGAGAGAAUUUUUUUUUAAUUUUGUUUUUGUCUGUUGAAUCCAUCACCUAUACAUAAUAUUCCAGUACUACAGUAUUGGCUGUAUAAAAGUUAUAUAAAGGCAAAGAAAUCACACUACUAAUGGGUGGUGGAAGAGAGGUGCUUAAAUGUUAAACUUCUCUAUGUAUUGACCUUUUGUGUAUACAGGCGGUGAUACGAUAAGGAGGAAAUUGUGCAUAAAGAGAAAAUAAGGCGGUCUGCUUGCAAGCUCAGCCAAUCUGCUCCUUUUAUGUUUAUUUUUGUAUAUGAAAUAUCAGCAUAUGGUUCAAUUUCCCUUACAUUUUAUACUCAGCUGGUAUAACUAGUCAUUGGAAGGUUAAGGAGUUAACCAUUUUACAGUACACUAUCCCUUUAAUGAGUGGUUUCAGUACAGACCACAUUGCUUCUUGAAAUGUUAGAAUUCAAAUAGAGGAGCUGGUUAUAUAAACUUUUUAUAAAAGGCAAAGAAUAAAUUUUAUGUAGUCAAAUCAA